AAAUAACCACUGCAGAAUGGCCUUUGCUAUUCAUAUAUGACCGCAGGGGUAUUCAUUUUCACAUUGUGCGCCUUAGGCCUUCCAUACUCGGUCGUGAAGCCAAGGAGUGCGGGGAUGACAUAACUCUGCGGGGCUCCACAGUCUAUAGAACCUCAGUGACAGUCAACGCAAGACUGGGACAGCACUCGAUAUUUUCUCCCAUCGCUGCUAUUCCACAAUAAACGUCCCUCACAAUGACACCCCAACCAACCCCUCCAUAUCCUUUCCAGUUCGCCGCCUCCGACCACAUCCAACCACACACCAACCCAUCCACGGAAGAGACCACCAUAACGCUGAAGAAUGUCAAGGGCCGCAUCCCCUCCGUGCAAGCCUCCCGCCUACGCACAAUGUGGCUCAAGGCUCACCGCGAUCCCACCAAGAUAGUCGCCCACCCCUGCAGCUACGACGCCCUGUCCUCACGACUCGUCGAGGAAGCCGGAUUCCCCAUGAUCUUCAUCUCAGGGUUUGCAGUGGCCUCCUCCUACGGUCUCCCAGACACGGGGUACAUUGCGAUGGCGGAGAUGUGCAGCCGGAUCCAAGAGAUAGUUCGGGUCACGAGCAUCCCGAUCAUGGUGGAUGGGGAUACGGGAUACGGGAGUCCGAUGAAUGUGCGGCGCACGGUGGAAUCAUUCGCUGCUGCGGGCGCCGCAGGCGUGAUGAUUGAGGAUCAGACGUGGCCAAAGCGGUGCGGUCAUACCAAAGGCAAAUCAGUGGUAUCGAGAGGAGAAGCCUACGCUAGGAUCCAAGCCGCUGUUGAUGCGCGCAACCAAGGUCGAGACAUAGUGAUUCUGGCCAGAACGGAUGCCUUGAUCCAUGGAUGGGAGGAGGCCAUGACCCGCGCAAAGGAGUUUAUGCGGAUCGGGGCAGAUGCUAUUUUCGUCGAGGCGUUGCCUGAUAGAGAGGCUAUGAGGAAGUGCGCGGAGGAGCUGGACGUUCCUUUGCUGGCUAAUAUUAUCGAAGGUGGGAAAACGGAGAAUCUUUCGGCUAAGGAGCUGGCGGGGCUUGGAUUCGCAGCUGUGGCUUAUCCAUGGACGCUUGUGGCAGCACGGCUGAAGAGUAUUCGCGAUGCUUUGAAUGGGUUGAAGAACAGUCUUAUGACUGGGGCCCCGCCUGGAAUUCUUGGUUAUGAUGAGCUCUGCGAGGGUGUCGGAUUCAAUAAGUAUUGGGAUCUGGAGUCGAGGUAUGAGUUUGAUGAUCAGGGACUCGUCAAUCCCCAGGACGAGGGUAAAUGAUUAUAGAAUGUUCCUGGAGAGGUAUGGUGCCUUAGCACCCAGGGUACACUACACCACUACGGCAUCAAUAUAGAAGAAGAUCGGAGCCUUCUGUCACAACGUCAGGGUCCUCAGCCCCGACUAAGU